AUGGCGACACAUACUGCAACCCUAACAGUUGACGCUGGAGCUGUGAAUCCUAUCGAACUUCAAGAUCUAUCCAAGGACGACCCUCUUCACUCAACUCAAGACAAGGAUGCCACAUUGGAGAAUCUCGAGAAUACCAGGGAUGAGGAGACGCCGCCGAGUACUGCAGUUGAAGCUCGCCAAAAAUGGAACUCACCCCGGAUAAACAUGUGGAGGGUUUUCGCCACCUUCUGGUCGUUCUUCGUCAUGGGAAUGAAUGAUGGAUCUUAUGGUGCACUUAUUGGUCGAUUGGAAGAUUACUACGACCUGAAUUACACCGUUGUCUCUUUGGUCUUCCUUUCGCCAUUCGCAGGCUACACUUUUGCUGCUGUUGUCAAUAACAUGGUUCACGUCAGGUUUGGCCAACGUGGGAUAGCGAUUGUCGGACCUGCGUGCCAUCUUGUCUCUUACAUCAUUCUCGCCGUUCAUCCUCCCUAUCCAGUCCUCGUAGUUAUUUAUAUAUUCGUAGGCUUCGGUCAAGGGCUCGUCGAUGCCGCUUGGUGUGCCUGGCUAGGUAACAUGGCCAAUGCUAAUGAAGUGGCUGGAUUUCUCCAUUCUUGCUACGCUCUAGGUGCGACUGUUUCCCCCUUGAUUGCCACGGGCAUGUUCAGUGGCGGAGGGCUUCCGUGGUAUUCUUUCUUCUAUGUGAUGAUCGGGGGUUCGGCGAUUGAACUUCUUUCAUCUGCAACGGCUUUCUGGAAACAGACAGGCGUAGUCUAUCGAACCGAGAACCCAAGUGUCACCAGCGAUAAGUCCGGCCGUACACGUGAGGCUUUGAAGAAUAAAGUUACCUGGAUCUUUGCGCUGUUCAUCUUUGGAUACGUUGGAGCAGAGGGUUUGAGCAUCAAACACCCUUCCUUCUCUCUCAAACUGACCUUUAUAGUCUCCCUUGGUGGCUGGAUCAUACAAUUUAUGACGAAUGUGCGCUCUGCAUCAUCUUUUCAGUCCGGUGCCACCUCGACAGGAUUCUGGGGCGGCAUGGCAGUUGGACGUGUGGUACUCGGAUUCCUGACCUCAAAAUUGGGUGAAUUUAAAGCUGUUGUUGUUUACAUUGCCAUCAGCGUCAUUCUCGAGCUUAUAUUCUGGCUCGUUCCCUCCCUGAUCGUCUCCGCCAUCUCAGUUGCCUUGUUAGGAUUCUUUCUUGGACCCCUUUUCCCAACUGCGAUGGUAUUUGUGACGAAGCUUAUGCCCAAACACCUGCACGUUGGAAGUGUCGGGUUUGCAGCUGCAUUUGGUGGAUCUGGGGGUGCCAUUUUUCCUUUCCUUGUGGGAGCUAUUGCACAGGCUAAAGGGGUGAAGACAUUGCAGCCUGUUAUAUUGGCAUUGUUGGGUGGCAUCGCGGCUUUGUGGUUGUUGUUGCGGACAGCAGGCAAGAAAAAGGAAGACGACACGGAGGAGGUGCAAAUUAGGACAUAA